AUGACAGAAACAAAGAUGCAACUGGAGGACUGGCUAGAUGACUUGUGCGUCCGCUUCAUUAUAAACCUGCCCCGUGAGGAACUGGAAUCGGUUGAGCGAAUAUGUUUCCAAGUCGAAGAAGCACAAUGGUUUUACGAAGAUUUCAUCCGGCCGUUAGACCCAGCCCUCCCUUCGCUUUCACUGAAGGCUUUCGCCUUGCGGAUUUUCCAGCAUUGUCCGCUUAUGGCCAACUGGUCUCGAUAUCAUCAUAUGACUGCCUUUUCUGAGUUCCUUGCCUAUAAAACUCGCGUUCCUGUUCGUGGAGCAAUCAUGUUGAACCAAGAAAUGGAUCAGGUUGUUUUAGUCAAGGGCUGGAAGAAGGGCGCUAACUGGAGUUUCCCUCGGGGGAAAAUCAACAAGGACGAAAAAGAUCUUGACUGCGCGAUCCGGGAGGUAUAUGAGGAAACUGGAUACGACGUACGAGAGGCGGGCUUGGUCCCGAACGAUGAAAACGUCAAGUUUAUUGAGAUCACUAUGCGCGAGCAGCAUAUGAGGCUGUAUGUAUUCCGCGGUGUGCCCCAAGAUGCGUAUUUCGAGCCUCGCACAAGGAAGGAGAUCAGUAAGAUUGAGUGGUGGAAGCUAUCGGAUCUGCCGACCCUGAAAAAGAGCAAGCAGUUUGAUCAGGGACAGGCAGCUGCCAACGCGAACAAAUUCUACAUGGUCGCGCCUUUCCUGCAUCCACUCAAGAAAUGGAUUGCACAGCAGAAGAAGCUGGAUCCGAGGACGAAUUCAGACUCGAACCAGGUCCUGGUCGACGGGGAGAUAUCUAUGGACGAGAACUAUCAAACCAGUAAUGCCAAUCAUGUGUCGAGCCAAGUAUCUAUGGAAGCAGCCGUUCCCAGCGACUUGCCAGAAGUGGCAGCAUCUCACGAUGCAUCUGCACACCUCAAGCGACUCCUUAACGUCAAUCCCAGCCUUCCUACACCAAAACCUGUUCAAGCUUCAUUCAAUGCCGAUCCAAAUGUAUCUAAAUCUCACGCUCUUUUGGAACUUCUAAGGAGCGGCGCUUCCACGAAUCCUCCACCAGGGGCUUCCCAGCUGCCAAGGGAUGGACCGCAUAUGGCCGACCCUUUCUCUGGAUUCUUUCCUGGCUUUCCUCAGCAAUUCGAGCGGGUGGAGAAAUCAACAAGGGCAGCACCUCCUUAUCCUGACUACCCUCCAUUUCCAUUCUCUACAGCGAAUCAACAUGCACCUCAAAUGCCGCAAAGUUUCCCAGCAGCCCACAGUCAGGGACUUUCGGCCGGCUACACAGGCCCGUUCAACUCAUCUCACCAACUUCCCACCACAUCACGGCUAUUUCCGCCUGGAUCCUAUUCGGAACAGGCUCCAGCACUGGCACCCUAUCAACGAACGGGCGAUCCUCAGUUCUCUCAAUCGACUCAGCCACGCCAAGUUCAAGGAGCAGCUGUGCCGCCUGCUAGCAAACUGCCUCCACCAAAGCUUAACAGUCACUCGUUGGCACUCCUAAGCGUCUUCAAGGAUGAGAAGAAGCAAACUCCUAAAGCUUCCCAUGCAAGCCUAGUGCCGCAGGCUGAGGUGUCUCAAAACAAUGAGCGCAAGCCUUCCCUCCAUCAAGAUCAAUUGCUCAGCUUGCUGAAAGGAUCCCCCGGUCCAACAAGCUCGCAACCGGCUUCAAAACUAGUGGAACUGUCGGCUCAUCCUGCCUCGCCCGGUAAGAAGCAGAUUCUACAACGUCCCAAUGCUGCGUCAAAUCCUAGCCAGCAGGCUCGUCAGACAGGAAAAGGUCCUUUGACAUCUGCCACGGUUUCUGGCCCUUUGAACACGCCGCAAUUUGAGGCUAUCCCGAAGCCGUCUAUCAGAAAAAGGAACGAGUCAAAGCGUCAAACAAGCCGAGACAGACAAACGCAACCUUUAGCUUCACCAAUCACGAUCCUACCCAGACCGCAGAGUGCUAAAAGGGAGCAAAUGCCUAGUUCAGCUCCGACGCCUCCAGCUCAAAUAACUGCGAGCCCCCGCUCUCGGUCCAACAAGGCAAAGUCUCCUUCGCCUCAAAAAACGUUCCAACCACAGAUUCUACGUCGAUCGGAUAAGGUAGAUAUUUACGGGCUACUGCCAAUACGACCGAAGGAGAUGGAAGAUAGCAGUCAACCAAUUAGUCUUGCUGAAGCUUCUGGGGCCAAGGCGGUUCCGAACUCGCAGGCUGAUACUUAUCGACGGCCAAGCCAGACACCUGCGCAGAGAGAAGCACUACUCUCCCUCUUCGGCAAAUCUGGACCGUCUCCCAAACAUUCGCCUGCGGAGUUGAACCUGCAAACUUCUUUGCCGAAACAUUCGGCUACCCCUUCCGUUGUCAGCCCACUGACACCGCACCAUCAACCGGCUGGCAGCGAACCCUCCAAUAGUGACCGAGUUGCGUCCCCUGCAAAUAAAGCAUUUUUACUUGGAUUUUUGGAAGGAGUCGCUAAAGGGAGCAAAUGAGUUGUUUGAUUGAUAUUGCUGAGCUGCAUAUGUCUGUGUUCUAGAUCUGACAUAGUACGAUUAUACGUUAACAGAGAUCGCCUUCAUUAUAGUUUCAAA